UCCUUCACCAGCAAUUAAAACUAAAAGUGUUGGCCUCUAGAAAAAAGUCUCUACAAGGUUGAAUGUUUUCGGGCACACCAUUUGGGCAGCUACACCCUCAGGGGGUCCUUCACUCCCGACUCUGCUGGUUUCGAAUAAAGGGCUGAAGCGACUGCCAAUAAGCUCUGCUGAGUAGCAGAGGGGGCAGGGCUAGCCCUUAAAGGAGCCACGACCAGUUAGGAGACUGAAGGAUGAUCCAGAUGAUGGCGGCCAACGCGGCCCUAACCUUGGCCCUGUGGCUCCUACUGCCGACAGUGGGGGUGGGAGGGGCAGGGCCCCCACCGAUCCAGGACGGCGAGUUCACAUUCCUGCUGCCUGCGGGGAGAAAGCAAUGUUUCUACCAGUCCGCGCCGGCCAACGCAAGCCUCGAGACCGAGUACCAGGUGAUCGCAGGUGCUGGGCUGGAUGUGGAUUUCACGCUGGAGAGCCCUCAGGGCGUGCUGCUGGUCAGUGAGUCCCGCAAGGCAGAUGGGGUGCACACGGUAGAACCCACGGAGGCUGGGGACUACAAGCUGUGCUUUGACAACUCCUUCAGCACAAUCUCCGAGAAGCUGGUGUUCUUCGAACUCAUCUUUGACAGCCUCCAGGAAGAUGAGGAGGUCGAAGGCUGGGCAGAGGUCGUGGAGCCUGAGGAGAUGCUGGAUGUCAAGAUGGAGGACAUCAAGGAAUCUAUAGAGACUAUGAGGACCCGUCUGGAGCGCAGCAUCCAGAUGCUGACACUGCUGCGAGCCUUUGAGGCACGUGACCGCAACCUGCAGGAGGGCAACCUGGAACGGGUCAACUUUUGGUCAGCUGUGAACGUGGCAGUGCUGCUGCUAGUGGCUGUGCUGCAGGUCUGCACACUCAAGCGCUUCUUCCAGGAUAAGCGCCCUGUGCCUACGUAGCCCCCGUUUCUGAAGAAUGGAAAA